UUCCAUCUUUUUGGCGCUCAUUCCCUGUGUGGGGGACCCAUAGCAAAUGAAAACAAAAAAUAAGGGCAAAAUAAAAAAUAAAAUCACUCUCUAAGUUCUGCUUCAACAUCGAUUUUUCUCACAGCCCUAACUAAGUAUGCCCAGAGGAAAGAACUAUUGUUCUAUUUAGUUAUUAGGGCAAAACCAAGCAAGCAAGAAACGGAGAAAGAAAGUUUACUAAAAUUUCUGUGAAGACGAAUCUUUACUUAGGAAUUUCAUUCCUACGUGAUAAUUAGGAAAAAAUAUUAUAUCUGGGCAAAAAGAAGGAAAAAUGAAUUUUAAGCAAAUUGCAGAUGACUCGCUUGAUGGGAAGUCUCUGGAUGGGACAUUGUACUAUGUAUCUAGAGCAUGGUUGUUACAGUGGUCUCAGAGAACGAAUCUGGAUUUUCCCGGUGAAGCUGACUUCGGCCCAACAACUUCAAUAAGGUGUCCCCAUGGAGAGCUUAUGCCAGAACAAGCUGCCGGGGCGGAGCGUGUGUUGGUUCCGGAAAAUCUCUGGCUCUUUCUUUAUGAAAAUUUUAACAGGGUGAGACCUGAAAAUGCUUUGACAACAUUUCCGUCGAAGUCAGGAACAUGUGUUACCUGCAGCAUGGAACUUAACAAAGUGGGCUAUGAAGAUACUCUGAGAGCAGCAGCUAAGCUCAAAGAACGGCAACAUCAUAAGAAAAUACUUCUGGAAAGCAAUGAUGCGCUUAAUCCUGGCAGCAAGUAUUACUUAUUGCCUUCAUCAUGGCUGACAAAGUGGAAGAGUUAUAUAACAAGUGGGAAGAUGGUGCCUUCACCUGAUCCUUUAGAGGGCGUUAUUGAUUCUCUGAUAUGUAGGAAACAUUCACUGCUGUUAGAAAGGCCUCCUGAUCUUUUCUGCAAGCAUGGUCUUAUUUUUCAGAAGCCAUCUACUACAGAUGGGUUGACUAUAGUUUCAGAGAACGACUGGAAGUUCUUUGCCGAAGAUUGGCAAGGGGCCAACUCGAACUGUGUAUCUGCUGAAAUUGAGUUCUCUAUUAGCAACGCAAAGAAAUUAAUUGGAUUUUUCGAAGAGGGGCCAAUUUCAGAAGAAGACCUGAAUCCUUCAAAUGAUGAGGUUGCGUCAAGGCAGCCAAGUCUUAAGACUUACCCAAUGACAUGCGAGAAGUGCAUAGGAGAACGAGAAGGCAGGGAGCUAGCGCAGAAAUUAAGUUAUCGCCAUAAAUACAUUUCUGUAGUUCUGGUGCACGGAAAGAAGGAUCCAAGAUCUGUUCUUGAUGCUUCUUGUGCAGUUUCUGAGCCAGAUAGGAGCCUUUCUGAGCUCUCCCAGAAGACUUCCGACAACAUCUCACUAAACUUGAAAGUGUCUGGUUCUAUGUCAAUCUAUCAGUUGAAAAAGAUGAUCUGCAAAUCACUUGGGGUCGUCAAGGAGAACCAGAUGCUACGUGUAGAUGCCAGAAAAAUCGAAGAGGAUUCUGCUACUCUGGCUGACAUGAAUAUAUUCCCAGGAGCUGUGCUCUGGGUCAGCGAUUCGGGAAUCUAUGAGAAUCGUGAUACAUCAGAAAUCUCAGGACAGUAUUCAUGCGUCAAGCGAAUUGAGGGUGGAUUUCGUGGAAGUCUUACUGCAAAUAUUGUAACACAGGAACCACAAUUACCUUCGCCAGAAACAAAAGAGUCACUGACACCAACUACUACUACCACCACCACAACAACUACCAUCACGACUUCCAUGAUUAGCACGGCACCAAUACCUUGUGCAGAUAUCAAGGAAUUCUGUGACAAGCAUGUUUUGAUGAUUGAUAUGCUGGUGCAAAACUGCAUGGAAGGUCAGCAAACUCCUCCCAAGUUAACAAUGUCUCAGAAUCCAACAGGGGUACAGCCUCCUCCGUUGGACGAUGGUAGUACGAUCUUAUCAACCGUUGUCACAUCUGAGACUAUUCCAUGUACUGAUAUUAAAAUGUUCACCGACAAGUAUGUAGUCGUGAUUGACAUGCCUGGGGUUAUGUCUGAGGAACUCAACAUCCAACCUCAUACGGCGAAUGAGCUAGUUAUUAGCGGCAAGCCUAAACUAACAUCUGAGUCAGGUACUUCUUCUUCGAGGUAUUUCAGAUCAAGAGUUACUCAGCGGAGUAAUGUUUUAAAGAAGAGACUACGUUUACCUAUUGAUGCAAAAAUUGACUCAAUGUCAGCUGUUUGUGAACGCGGGGUGCUUAGGAUGACUUUUCCAAGGCGUAAGAUAUCAGUUUCAGAAAAUGUGAUUGCUUGGAAGACUGGUGAAGAGAAUGACGAUAGUUCUCUGAGCUUCUAUACCUAGUUUUAUUAAGUAUUUGGGGAUAGUUUUUGCUGUUUAGUUUAUCUUUGCCCAUUAAAGUAAUUUUCAAGUAAUGUUAGCUUAGUUAUACUUAUACAUACACUUUUUACAUACAUUUACAUCAUAAGAUACUGUUUAUGUGUGUGGUUGAAAGUUUAUUAUUCUUGAAAAGAAUAGAUGAACACUUAUACGGAUCAAUUAGAUUCAAGAUAUACCUGCCUUGGUUGAGUUGUUCAACUAUUGAAGUGUAUAAGGAGUAAUAAUACAUUCUCUACAUUUAUAGUGCGGUGUCUGUUUUCCUUUUCUUCGUUUUAAUUACCUUUAACAUGACAGCAACACAACUGCAUCAACUUAACAGAGAUUGACUCACUAGCUUGAUGGUACGGAAAAGAGGUUGGGACCGGGAACUGCAUAAGGGUAAAGCUUGAGAUUUGUAGAGCUAUUCAGAAAUGAAAUGAUAACCUAGAAUCUCAAAGUUGCCUGAGCAAGACUUCCAGCUGACGCACGGAAACAAAAGGGGAGUUGUGAAAAUAAAGUAUAAAG